CGCUAUCGUCUCCUUUUUCUUUGUUCGCUUGCUUGGUCUGUUCCGGAAGGCGGACUGGACAUACGACAGCUACGCCCUCAACUACAUCAUUGUGAUACCCCGGCAAGAUGCCUCUUGCGCCCCCACCCGACGAGCCCCAAUGGCCUCCACGAUCCCCUCACGAAGCCCUCAUUAGCACCCCAAGCGGCCGCGAGCGCCUCAGACGUCUUCAAAAUCGAGGAUCACCCUCUCCUUCACCGUUGAAGAGGGGACGAGCAAACUCCACCUUAUCUACACGAUCGGCGAAUUUAAUCGACGAAAUGGACGAUCAGGAGGACGAGGAUGAGGAGACACUUCAGUUAAAGUUGCAGGAGAUACAGGCCAGAUUGAAGUUGAAGAAGUUGCAGAGCGCAAGGGAAAGGACGGAAGGAGCUCCACCGACUCAAACGAGACCGACCUCGAGAGGGUUUGGAAUCGGCCGGGCACUAUCCAGACCUGAACUCCAGGCCACUAUCGAAGUACCCGUGUCUCCAAUCCGAAAGACUCAGCCCGCACAACCAAAAGCAUCGCCGACUCGGGUUCCGCUCGGGGUCGAUAAAGGGGUCAAGAGAGCACCAAGUGUACUGCGGAGGAAUACAAAUCCUCAAGAUGGACAGCAACAGGUCGGCGGAUAUCUUCAACGGUCACGAACUCCUGCUCAACAAGAGAUAUCACGGCCACUGAGCUUCAACGAGAGGCUGGCCGCAGCAAGAACACAAGAGGUCGACCGCCAGGGAUUGAGAGAAAGAGUCCAAAAGGUCAGAUCGGAAACGUUUGAUAUUGGGCAGAAAGAGAUUGAGCAGUUCAAGGAAAAGGCGAUCGAAAUUCCUGAGGAAGAGGAAGCUGCACCGCAUUUCACCAGAGAUGAAAUCCUUGGUGGAAUGAGCAAAGUGGAACUCAACCAGCGCAAGCUAGACUCAAUACCUGCGCUUCCAGCACCAUCCUCCUCCAAAGACGAAGACGACCCCCAAAGUCUCUACGAAGCUCCGCCGGACUGGAUGAUGGCCGGGCAGAAACCACAGAGGCCGAAAAAGGUUGCGCCAGCAGACGUGCCAGAGGCUGAAGCAUCGGCCUUCGAGCCAUACUCCAGCUUUCAUCUCUCACAGCGCAUUCUUCCACACCAAGUCUUGACAAGGACUCUGUCUGGGAAGAAGAUAUUCAAGUUGCCAGACUUGCUGCGGAAGGUCAAGGCUCCAGAGUUUCAACUUCCAGAUAUUGAGCAGGAUAUUGUCGUCUUCGCCAUUGUCGCAAAGAAGUCAGAGCCCCGCUCCCACAAGCCUCGAGCUGACCAAAAUGGCAAGGAGUCAGACCGAGGGAAGUACAUGGUUGUCACAUUAUGCGACCUGAAGUGGGAGCUGGAGCUGUUCCUCUUCAACUCGGGGUUUACCCGCUUUUGGAAGCUCACAGAAGGCACAGUGCUGGCCAUACUAAACCCGACCAUUAUGCCUCCUCCAGUUGGCCGAGAAGCCACUGGCAAGUUCAGUCUCGUCAUCAAUUCUGACGCCGAUACAAUCAUGGAGAUUGGGAAGGCCCGAGACUUGGGAUUCUGCAAAUCCAUCAAGAGAGAUGGCGAAUUCUGCAACUCCUGGGUCAACAAGAAACGAACCGAGUUUUGCGAGUUUCAUACCAACGAAGCGGUCUCCAAGCAGCGAGCGAGUCGCAUGGAAGUCAACACUAUGGAUUUUGGCGGUGUUGGAGAGAAGUUCAAGUGGAAAUCGAGACAGCUUGUCAAACCGGAGGCCGAGAAGAAAUCGGGAAAGUACGACCGAGAAACACAUAGCCAUUGGUUCGCUACGAAAUCAAUGAGCUCUGCGUCGCUCAUCGACGGAGGUCAGGCACUCAUGGACAGGAGAGAAAAGGAAGAAAACCUGAAGAGAAGGAUGAUUGCCCAAGAACGCGAAAGGGGUAUCAUGUCGCGUCUGAGUAAGAUCGGCGCCGGCACGGGGAAGGAGUACAUGCAACAAACAGACCGCAACCGCAAUCCUACCUCUACUUCGAACUUGCCGUCAUCCGCGUCCGCUUCGAACGUACUUGGGGCGCGACAGAAGCCCGAUAUGAAGAGUUUGGGCAUUAUGCCCAGGAAUAGGGAAUUGGCCUUGCACCUCAGCCCUAUAAAACGCAAGAGACCACAGAGUGCACAGUCCAGCUCCUCGGUCGGCGCACCCUCGUCAGCGACGGCCACGACAGGGCUGAAGACCGGGUUUGGAUGGGGCGGCAAUCUCAAGGACAAGCUCGCCAAGAUGAAGGAAGGUGAAAAGCUGAAUAGCGACAAGCCGCCGGUGAGGAAGAAGACGAGGUUCGUGACGGAGAAGGGGAUUCGCGAGGCUGGGAGGGAGAGUUUGGGUAUGGACCUGCCGCAGGCGGUUUCUUUUGAAGAUGACGAUGACGACGAUUUGAUUAUUGUGUGAAGGCAGCAUAUUUGGGAAAUGGGUUUUAUGCGAGGGCGACACUGGUCGGACGGGACGGGAAGGUUAUGGGCUUGAGGAUACAAAGGGGGGUUUUCUCCCAUGACUCCUGGAUGGAGUUCGCAUGAAGCGAUUACGGUAACCAAAUACAGGUCACAAAAAAGGGUUUCAAGACAGGAUAUCACGUCGAAAAAGGACGCUAUUUUGAGAAUGUUCUGGUCGUUCAUUUGGUACCCUGUGUGAUUAAAUCGCGUCAAACCUGGCUGAGGUACGAUAGAA